AUGCGGGUACUCAUAAGCCUGUUACUACUAUCUGCAUUGCUUGUUGAAGCCGACGAACAUGAUCAUUUGUAUGAAGUUGACGAGGAAGUUGUGUUAUGGAUGAACACGGUUGGCCCAUACUCAAACCGACAGGAGACCUAUACAUACUUCUCUUUGCCAUUCUGCAAAGGAGAAAAGAAGGAAAUUGGACAUUAUCACGAAACAAUGGGAGAAUCUUUGUUGGGAGUAGAACUUGAGUUCUCCGGACUUGAUAUCAAGUUCAGAACGAACACCAAAAAGACAGUUGUCUGCCAGAAAAAGUUGACCGAAACCGACUAUAAGACACUUCUGUACGCUAUCCAGAACAGUUACUAUUACCAAAUGUACCUGGAUGAUAUGCCGAUUUGGGGAAUGGUUGGAGAGAUUGACAACAGUGUCAGCCCACCGGCAUACAAGUUGUACACACAUAAACGAUUGGAUAUUGGGUACAAUGAUAAGCAAGUGGUCGAUGUGAAUUUGACGACAGAUGGGAGAGUUGACAUUCGACCAGGCGCUGAGCUCACUUUCACUUAUGAAGUGCAAUGGAGCAAGUCUGAAAUUGAUUUCACCAAGAGAUUUGAUAAAUAUCUUGAUCCAAGCUUCUUCCAACACAGAAUUCACUGGUUCUCCAUUUUCAACAGUUUCAUGAUGGUCGUUUUCCUUGUCGGAUUGGUAUGGAUGAUUCUCGUUCGCACACUGAGAAAAGACUACGCUCGUUACCAAAAAGAAGACAGUUUGGACGAUUUGGAUGCAGAUCUUGGAGAUGAAUACGGAUGGAAGCAAGUUCAUGGAGACGUCUUCCGGCCACCAACAUUGCCUUUGUUGUUCUCUUCCUGUAUUGGUGCAGGAUAUCAUGUCUUCACUGUUGCAGUGAUCACAACUAUUUUGGCUAUCGUUGGAGAGUUCUACACGGAACGUGGAUCCCUCCUAUCCGCCGCGAUCUUUGUGUAUGCAGCUUGCUCGCCGGUCAACGGAUAUGCAGGUGGCUCAAUGUAUGCUCGAUUCGGAGGACGUCACUGGAUUAAACAAAUGCUUCUUGGAGCAUUCCUUCUUCCAAGUAUGGUCUGUGGAGUUGCAUUCCUUAUCAACUUCAUCGCCAUCUACUAUCAUGCAUCCCGUGCGAUUCCGUUCACAAUUAUGCUCGCUGUCACUGCUAUCUGCCUGUUUGUGAUUCUUCCAUUGACGUUGGUGGGAACUGUCAUUGGAAGAAAUAUGGCUGGAACAGCGGAUUAUCCGUGCAGAGUGAACGCAGUGCCACGACCGAUUCCUGACAAGAAAUGGUUUGUUCAACCAUGGCUUAUCACUCUCGCCGGAGGUGUCCUUCCAUUCGGUUCCAUUUUCAUUGAGAUGUACUUCAUAUUCACUUCAUUCUGGGCGUACAAGAUCUAUUAUGUGUAUGGAUUCAUGCUUCUUGUAACUAUCAUCCUCUCAAUUGUCACUGUAUGCGUCACAAUUGUCUGCUCCUAUUUCCUGUUGAACGCCGAAGAUUAUAGAUGGAGAUGGACUAGUUUCGCAUGUGGAGCCUCCACUUCAUUCUAUGUCUACAUGUAUUCAAUGUAUUAUUUCUUCUUCAAGACAAAAAUGUAUGGUCUUUUCCAAACAGUAUUCUACUUUGGAUAUAUGGGAAUCUUCGCUGCUGCUCUCGGCUUGAUGACAGGCACCAUCGGAUACGUUGGAACCGCGAAAUUCGUUCGAAAGAUCUAUCAAACAGUGAAAAUCGAUUAA